CCGCUUCAAUACUUUAUAUGUAACUGCCGGGCGACUUCAUGUUGGCUAACAAGGCUGCUUGUCUAGUGUAUUAACUUCCAGCCGGCUCAUCUUUUUUCGCCUUAAUACGUCCUCACCUCUAUAUAGCUCAACCAACAAGCCGUUAAAUUGUGGAAUUUUACUCAUAGACACUGUUUGACUUAUUUCAUAAAUGUAUUGAGAGCGGGUUAGCUUUGUGCUAGUUAGCUCAGUGGCUAACAAUGCUACACGCAUGAGUUGACGCCGGAGGCCUUACUGGAUCCCCGGUAAUUCCUGCGAAGGCCCAGCCGAGCCACAUCAGCUUAGAACGGGCUUGUCUUUUGCGUUGCAGGGUUCUGUCCUGAAACUGGAUCUACCCCGAUAUCAAAGCAGUAACGCAAUAAAGAACAGGCUCCUGAAGAGAGAUGGAGGCUCCUCCUGUCACCGUGAUGCCUGUCACCGGGGGCACCAUCAACAUGAUGGAGUACCUGUUGCAAGGAAGUGUGUUGGACCAGGCCCUGGAAAGUCUCUUGCAUCGCCUGCGAGGCUUGUGCGACAACAUUGAACCGGAGGCCUUUACAGACCACGAGCUGGUUUACCUCCUGAAAGGCCAACAAGGCAACCCGUUUAUCCUCCGUGCUCGCCGCUCCCUCGCCCACCCCACAGCGCCGUGGCACCUGCGCUACCUGGGACAGCCCGAGGUGGGGGACAAGAGCCGGCACGCUCUGGUGCGCAACUGCGUUGACGUGGCGGCCUCUCACAGUUUACCCGAGUUCCUCAAUGAAAUGGGCUUCCGUAUGGACCACGAGUUUGUAGCCAACGGACACAUCUUCCGUAAAGGCGCCAUGAAAGUCGUGGUCAGCAAGCUGUCGCGCAUCCUGGUACCGGGGAACACGGACAACACGGAACGCCUGUCACUGUCGUACCUGGUGGAGCUGAGUGUGUUGGCUCCCGCCGGGCAAGACACCGUGUCAGAGGACAUGCGCAGUUUUGCAGAGCAGCUCAAACCUUUGGUGCACCUGGAGAAGAUUGACCCCAGCAAACAGAGACAUUGAAGAUAUAUAUUUGUUGAUUCAUUUUACAUAACAUUAAAUGCAACCCAGCUUUGACAUACA